AUGGGGCCCCCGGCAAUAGGGGAUCAUGGGGCCCCUGUGUCCUUGCCCAAACUCAAAAAAGCCUAUGAAAAAGAAUUAUACUAUAGUGUCUGUACAGAUCAGAAUCCUUAUCACGGUCAGAAUUAUACUAGAGUCCCCAGUAGUAUAGUGUCCCUGAUUGAUUUUUAUUAAAGAUAUGCAGCAGAAUCAGGGGCAGACUGACAACUCAUGGGGCCCCCAGGCAAUAGGGGAUCAUGGGCCCCUGUGUCAUUGCCCAAACUCAAAAAAGCCUAUGAAAAAGGUACCAGGGGCAUCCCAUGGGGCCCCCUACUGACCCCGGGCCCUCGGGCAGGGCCCGAGUUUCCAAAUGGUCAGUCCGCCUCUGAGCAGAAUACAUUUAGGCCUAAGUUUAUGAAGAAA